GACCGACCACUAUCAGACGGCUCCUGUCAAGUCAUAUCCUCGAAGACUAGAUUUGUGCUUAUCCUGCGACCACGAACCAUACUCACCAAUUUACGCGGUCCGAAAUACGAUCAAUAACGGCGGCAGCAACACGACCGAUUCGCACCUCAUAGCGGGAAGCUAGCUAGCUACGUCCGGCCCCGGAAUCGAGAGUCGCAAUCGAGCAAACGAACAAAGCAUCGAGACCAUCGCCGGAUCUAUCAAUACGCGCUACGGGAGAUAAAUAUACGGCGCUCACACGGAUUACAAGCAAAGACGAUUAAUCGUGUUAGGUUUUGAGCUGGUCCUGAAUCUGAUUGCUUCAUCUUAAUCGAUCCUUCCGUCACCUUUGAGGGAAGGCCGUUAUCGAUUGCGAAGCUCUCUACGCUACACUGCGGGAAGAAGGAAAGCAUACAAGCAAAAUGGCAGCUGGCGCAAGUCUAAUCAUCGGCCUUGUCAUCGUCGUGCUCGCCUCUAUUGUCGCGUGGGUGUUCAGUCCCAAGGGUGAUAACCAGACGCUCUGGCGGAGUACGCUUAUUCUCUCGUUUGUUUCGUGUUUCCUUAUGUGGGCGAUUAUCUUCAUGGCGCAAUGGCAUCCUCUUAUCGCACCCAAGAGAUCGGAUAUUCGACCUGAUCGCGUACCGCAGUAAACACUUCUUCUGCGCUUGUAGAAUCGGGUUUGAGCUGGCUGGCUGGUUAGGAUGAUGAAUGGGAUAAUGGGUCUUGUAUAGCUACGUUUUUCAUUGUUAUAGCGGAAUAUCAGAGAUUCUUCAUGCUUCU